AUGUCAUAUCUCACCUUCUCUGGAAUUGGUUCAGGUUCUUUCUUCUCUUCUUCUACUUUCUUCUCUUUCUUUUCUCUCUUCUUCUUUUCUGGUGGAGUUAUGUCAAACUUCUCAGAACCAUAUUUUUGUAAAAGUGCUUUGUCAUUUAAUAGCUCAUCUAUUCUGUUUUCUAUUUCAUCUUCAAGAACAGCGCAUGUGUCUUCUUUGCAUUCUAAGAACUUUUGUUGGACUUCAUCUCUCUAA